AUGUCCAAGCAAAAGGCUGUGAUCAGGCUGGGCGAACCGAACACCAAGAACCGGUCUAAAGCCAUGCAGCUGGCAUCCAAAUCUGUCGGAGUGAACUCGGUGGCGAUCACCGGCGAAGCCAAGGACCGGCUGGAGGUGGUAGGAGAAAGCAUCGACAUCCCCUGCCUGAUCAACCGCCUGCGCAAGAAGGUCUGCCGCGCCGACAUCGUUGUGGUGGAGGAAGUCAAGGACAAGAAGAAGGAGGAGGAGGAGAAGAAGAAGAAGGAGGAAGAAGCCAAGAAGAAGGCGGAGGAAGAGUUCAAGAAGCUCUGGGGGGCGUACCCGCCGCCGUACUCCGGUGGUUAUUACCGCGGGCUGCCGCCGACGCCAAUGUUUCUAUGCGAGGAACAGCCAGCAGGUUGCCACAUCAUGUGA